AUGGGAAGUGAUGAGUAUCUUCCAUUGUUUGAGACAAGGAGAGCUAAGGGUAGAGUCCUAUACAGGCUCCUUGUGGUCUGUGUGUUUGUGGGCAUAUGCUUGAUUUGGAUUCAUAGAGUGAGUCAUAUACCAAGAAAAGGUGAAGAUGGGAGAUGGGGUUGGAUUGGUUUGCUUGGUGCUGAGCUCUGGCAUGAAAAGGACUUGCCCAAGGUGGACAUAUUUGUGUGCACAGCGGACCCUGUCAUUGAGCCACCGGUGAUGGUGAUCAAUACCGUUCUAUCAGUAAUGGCAUAUGACUAUCCACCAGAUAAGCUAAGCGUGUAUCUUUCAGAUGAUGGUGGGUCAGAUCUUACCUACUAUGCUCUCAGAGAGGCCUCUCACUUUGCUAAGCAUUGGCUACCAUUUUGCAAGAAAUUCAAGGUGGAGCCAAGGUCACCAGCAGCAUAUUUCAACUCAAGUGAUGACCCACUUGAUGCUAAUCAGUCCAAAGAGUCGGUGCUUAUCAAGAAAUUAUAUGAAGAAAUGGAAAGUCGAAUAGAAAAUGAAACCAAGCUAGCUCGAAUCCCAGAAGAAGCACACUCAAAACACAAAGGUUUUUCUCAAUGGGAUUCAUAUUCUUCUCAACGAGACCAUGCCACAAUUCUUCAGAUAAGAGUGUCAUUAGAGAUUAGCAAUGCGCCGAUCAUUCUUAAUGUGGACUGUAAUAUGUACUCAAACAAUUCACAUUUUGUACGAGAUGCAUUAUGCUUUUUCAUGGAUUAA